AUGACUGCCAACACGAACUCUUUGCCUGCUCCGGGGGGUGCACGAAAGGCGGCGACGCGUGGUCCCAACGGUGCCUCUGCGCUUGCUUCGGAACUGGGUGCCGCGCGGGAUGUCGAUCGCGACGUAGCACAGGCUCGAUCCGAGGGCGACAAGAUCCCCUCGUCCAACGACACCAGCCGCGUGCUUGAAUUCGGUAUGCCCAACGGUGCCGAGCAAGGUGUCGAGACACCCGGCCGCGAGAAGCGCACCCAGCUGCAGGACGAGCGCAACCAAGAGCUCGGUCGCGACCAGCCGGACCUCGGCAAGAUCGCACAGACUUCGGCAGGCGCCACCUUCCCCACCACGGAGACCGCCAAGUCGACCGCAGCCAACAAUCCCGACGCAAUGCUCAACACGGUCGCCAGAAGCACCGGCACUGAAUCGGGAACUUCCACCGCAAACAACGGCAUUGAAGUCACACGCGACGCUCCCACCAACGCCUAG